AUGCCAGCCAAUCAGCGAGCGAAUGUGAUGUAUAUAACUUGAAGCGGGUUUCUUGAAUUCAAAUCCUCUGUCCUCUAUCGCGUUCAAGAUUGUCGCAAAGCAAGAAAUCUUAAGAAGAAGAAGAAAUGGCUCGUACCAAGCAAACCGCUCGUAAAUCAACUGGUGGAAAAGCACCAAGAAAGACGUUGGCAACGAAAGCUGCUCGUAAGAGUGCCCCAGCUACAGGUGGUGUGAAGAAACCUCACAGAUACAGGCCAGGAACUGUCGCCCUUCGAGAAAUCCGUCGUUAUCAGAAAUCCACCGAGCUUCUGAUCCGCAAACUACCUUUCCAACGGUUGGUUCGUGAGAUUGCUCAAGAUUUCAAGACCGACCUUCGAUUCCAAAGCUCGGCCGUCAUGGCUUUACAAGAAGCAAGCGAAGCUUACCUUGUUGGUCUGUUUGAAGACACAAACUUGUGCGCCAUCCACGCCAAACGAGUCACCAUCAUGCCUAAAGACAUCCAGCUCGCUCGACGAAUCCGUGGUGAACGUGCCUAAAUCAAUGUCCUAAAGACAACAACAAAAACCGGCUCUUUUAAGAGCCACCAAAUUUACAAAAGAAAUAAACCAAACUAUCGAUGUGUAUUCCUCCUACAUAUUGACCCGUUGUGAGCAAUUUACAGCACGUGCCCGUGUAUAUGGAAAUGCAAUACUUCGCUUCACAAAUAUACAUAUAGACUAAUAGUCCGGAACUAAGACGAAUAUAUUCUCAAAUAUUUCACGGUCUAGCCUCUAUGUUUGACAUUCUAAGGUCCCGAAUGGACGUGAUUUCUUUAAAAAAUGCUUUUAAAUAACGUAAAAUUGAAUUGUGGUACCCCUUGA